AUGACGGCAAAGCCCAUCUUCAAUGUCCCAUCUGGCGCAACCGCCAAGGUCUCCAUCAUUGAUUCAACAUUACGAAUCUCAAACAUGAAAUUUGACUACCUCAUGGGGCCACCGGUCAAUGGCUUUGAUGAAAUGGACAAGUUACCCACAUGGUCAUUUCUCGUGGAGAGCUCAACCGGCCACAAGGUGCUCUUUGAUCUUGGCGUACCAAAGGACAAGAACGUCUUCACCCCUUCCGUGCGAAAGGACAUUGAACACUACGGCUGGGACUUGCAUGUGGAUAAGGACGUUGCCGAGAUCUUGAAAGAAAAUGGAACAGAUCCCAGUGACAUAUCAAGUGUGAUUUGGAGCCAUUUUCACCUCGAUCAUAUUGGAGAUAUAUCCACCUUUCCUAGUUCCACAGAGUUGGUGGUUGGUCCCGGUUUCAAGCAAAAUUUUGGCCGAGGAUAUCCAACUGACCCAGAGUCGCCCGUCCGUGAGAGCUAUUGGGAGAACCGAAAACUGCGCGAGAUAUCAUAUGACGAAUCAGAUCUCCUAGUCUUGAAAAUAGGCUCGUUCCGUGCAUUUGACUUCUUCGGCGACGGGUCGUUUUACCUCCUAGACACGCCAGGCCACGCCGUCGGCCAUCUUGCCGGGCUCGCGCGCACGACCCGGGAUCCCGACACGUUUAUUUUCAUGGGCGGAGACCUCUGCCAUCACGGCGGCGAGCUACGGCCCACGCCGCACGAUCCCGUGCCCGACGCUGUAAAGUUUCCGUUGCCAGGCGCACUGCGCGCCCACAUGUCCGUUUGCCCCGGUGGUGGGGACUUUCGAAAGCUCAAUGUGCAGCGCGGGCGGAGGGAGGACGAGCCCUUUUUCGAUACGCAGGUGGCUGCUGACAUGAAGCAGGCCUUGGAGACUAUCGAAAAGACGCAGGCAGCCGAUGUCCAGGAUAAUGUAUUCUUUAUUUUUGCUCAUGAUACUUCCAUUAGCGGAGUGGUCAACCUCUUUCCGAAACCAGCGAAUGAUUGGCAAGCACAAAGCUGGAGGGAGAAAACCCAUUGGGGGUUCCUGAGAGAUUUGUGCCCAGGAGUCAUCUCUUAA